AAACAACCCCAUUAGAAAAUCUCGUUGGUUUGCAACGAAAGAAAAGGCAAACAAUAUUAUAAAAAUCCCGAAUAAAACGCCGCAAUUCCAUUAGAUUUUGGGUACUCUCUAUUUUCUCUCUCUUCAUCUUCAAACCCAGCACCGACUUCAAUUUCCUUCAAUUGCAGUUUCAAAUUCCUUUAUCUCCCCAGAAACUUCCUCCCUUCAUCUUUCACUCUCACACUUUCCUUCUUCUUCAAUUCAUUGACUCCCUUUCUCUCUCUUCUUUCUCUCUCCUCUUUCUCCUAUAACAUCAACAACAACAACCAAUCUUCACUCUCAGAUCUACUUCAUUCUUUCAUUCUUCCAGUUUUACACAGAUCUACAACAAUGGCGUAUCAAUGGCGACCUUUCUUUUUCUCUCUCCUCUUUCUCUCUCUUCACACCCACUUCGCCCUCUCCUCAGAUCCCCUUUCUCCUUCUCCUUCCCCUCAACUCUCCGCUGAUUCCGACAUUCUCUCUCCUCCUUCGUCUUCUCCUUCGCCAAUCAUCUCUCUUCCUCCAUCUUCUUCUCCUUCUUCCGACAUUGCUUCUCCUUCACCAUCUCCUUCAAACGACGUCGUUUCCGACACCAAUUCACCCUCUCCCUCGCCGGAAACCUCAUCGGAUUCUCUCUCCUCGCCGGAAACAUCCCCAUCCACGUCACCAUCUCCGUCAACCGGUGACGCAGAUGAAUUUGCGAAAGUACAGAGUCAAGAAGCGAAGGACUCCUCUUCCGGCGGAAUGAACGGCGGUCAUAAAGCCGGAGUAGUUGUCGGAGUAAUGGUUGGAGUUGCGGCGGUUGGUUGCGCCGGGUGGAUUUACAAGAAGCGUCAAGAUAAUAUUCGAAGAACUCAAUAUGGGUACAAUGCAAGAACAACUAUGAUCUGAGAAAUAGUAUGAAUAUUAUUCUUUGGAUUUCAUAUUUGAAAUUUAAUUGUUUUUUUAAUAUUGUUGAUUAAUAUACAGUGGUAGGAGAUUUUUGUUGUUCGUAAUAGUAUAAUUAGAAACAUUUAUUGGGUUUUUGGAUUUAUUAAAUAAGUUGUUGUUUCUAUGAUUGGAUUUGGAUGAAUUAUUAUUGAACAGGGAGUCAAGUAUUAUGAUUA